ACAUUGUCCUGGGGAUGCUCGCAAUACAACAGGUUUGGAGGUAUAGAGACCCUCGUUUUGUAAAAAACUUGUGACGAUAUUGCUGGUAGAAGCUACGUUCAAGGACCUCUGUAUUCUGUUUGUCUGCCAAUAGCAUGUCAAUGGCUGCAUACAGGCAUUCGCGCCCAUUCAUAGAAUCAGUAAGAAUUCGAGCAUUCAAGUCCUUUCGCGAUGAGCCGCAAGAGAUAAAGUUCACUCCUGGCUUCAACCUCAUAGCUGGUGCAAAUGGAAGUGGCAAAUCAAACAUUUUAGAUGCGAUCCACUUUGCUUUUGGCGAGUCAUAUCAUGCAUUGCGUGUGCAGUCCUUGGCCGGACUCCAAUCUUCUGAUACGAAGGAAGGAUGUGAGAUUUCUGUGGUAGUACGUACAUCCAAAGGGGGAAGUGCAGUCGACAGAAUCUGUAUCGACGCAAAGCUUCUACCGGACCAAACUAGGCAGACAAAAGUCAAUGGGAAACUUAAGACGUUGCGUGAACUCAAGGUAAGAAAAUCAAGUCUGGACUGUUUAAUACAACUGUUUGAUACUUCAUAUGCUCACGUCUUAACCGAACAGGACUUUCUUCGAGAGAACCGUAUCACGCUGGAUGCUUGCACAAGCCUGAAGCAGGCUCAGGUCUCCGAGCUGGCGAAUGCAAACGAUGGUGCUGUACUGUCAAGCCUCAUAUCGGGAGUGUCUGGAGCAGCAAGGUGGGAAGCGGAGGUGAAGAAAGCUGAAGAGGUUGUGACGAAGACGGAGAGGAGCUUGCAGGAGAUAAACACAAAUACUUGUUUGCUUGAGACAGCGACAGCUGCUGAUACAGCCAAGGUCAAAGAAGCUCAUGAAAGAUGGAAGAUGUGCAAGAGGCUUGGCGAACUUGGGAGAGCGAUACAGAGCCACGAGACAGAAAGAAUAAUCUCUUUGGAAAACCAGGCCAAAACAGUUCAAGCGCAAUUGAAGACAGUACAUGAUGGCAUUCGUUCUAUUGUCACAGAACGUGAUCAGAAGCAAGCCAGCAUGCGUGAGCUGAAGGUGUCAGAGAAAGUGUGUGAAGACAUCCACGGGAAACGGCAUGCUGAAGCACUCUGUAAACUUGCAGAGAAUGAGGAGGAGAUUCGAGUGCUCCAGGUACAGCAGGCAGCUGCACAAGAUUUUCAAUCGGCUCUGGCAAAGCUUGAUUCUGGUCUAGAAGAGACAUUUCAUGAGAAAAAUCUCCUCAGCCAUCAACUCAAGGAGCACCAGGAUACGAUCACUCGCUUUGAAGAGCUGGAGCUGCUAUCAGGUGGGAAACAUCCAGCAGAUUUGCUAAAGGAGGAGGCAGCACAGUUGUUUGAUCUGAAGCAAGUCCUCAAACACAAGCAGGCGUGUCUUUCUCAGUGUGGUGACUCACUUGCUGAAGUCGAGAGAGAGCUUGCUCUUACCAAAAAUGCUACCAAGUCUCUGGAGGAGGAGAAAUCAGGGUACAAGCCAAGGGAAGAGCUGUUAUCACGGCUGCAAGAUUUGCAAGCAGAGUUGCAGAGGCAGACUCAGGAGCAAUAUGGCAUGAAGAGGAAGGAAUCUGCCUUUAAGACUCAGCUAGAAGUCCUGAAAGCGCAGCUUGGAAGGCUGGAACCCACGGAUUUGAAGUUUCCUGCUUGGCCAUUGCACUCUGUUUUCCGCUUCAAGACAGAUCCAAAAAUCGGUUGCUCCAAAUUUCUCACUGCGUUGGAUGUCAUUGCAGGUCAAAUCAGCUCCACGUGUAUCGUGGAGAGUAUGCAUGAUGCUAAAUCUCUAUUGGACCUGUGGGAAGACCUCAGGCAUCCAAGCAUGUUCAGCCGAAUCUGGCCUUUGAAAUCUCUGGUUGUGGAUGACAGAGGACACGAUCAGUCAUUUGUUAAGGAAGAGUUUCAGGACGGAUCUGUGGUCCUUCCUCUUGAUUUGCUUGAGUUUGAUCAUCACUUUCGUCCAGCCCUUGCUAAGCUUUUCAGCAGCUUCGUUAUUGCAAGGGACGACACUGUUGCAGCUGACCUUGCCUUGAAACACGGCAUCAGGAGCGUGACACUUGAUGGAAAGAUCCAUAAGAGAGGCUUUCUGUCUGGCGGUUGGAGAGGUAGCAGGGCCCCCCGGGUGAUGGUGACCAAGUUUGAGCAUGACAGAGUUGAAAACGAAGUUCAGAAGACAGCGUUGUGCGUUGCACAAUCUGGACAGGAGCUGAAGCACCUUGCGCUGGAGGUUGAGAAGGUGCAACAGGACCUUUCAAGGCUUGAUGCCAUGUUAGGAGAGACAAGAGCUCUGGAGAGAAAGGAAUCCGAGCUGCUGCAAAAUACAGAGGAAGAAGAUGCUUUGAUUCCAGAUGACAUGGACCUGGAUAGCAAUGUACUCGUGGAGCCUGAAGCAGAGUGGAAAGCUCUUCUCCAUCGCAUUUCAAAGCUGAAGCAUGCGAAGGUGUCAGAGCAAGAAAGGAAAGCUUUUGGUGAGCGCAUGUCCACCUUAAAGAUGUUCAAAGACCGGGCAGCAUCCAUUGUGACCUCGAUGAAAGUCCUGAAUGACGGAAUAUCGCGUGCGAAGUCAAAGGUGGUGAUGGUUAACAAAGACACCUAUGAUCGUGUGAAGUCGUCUUUUCAGAAUCUAUGCCAGCAUCUCCUUCCAAACAAGUCUGUCAACCUCAUUCAACUCGGAGAAACUGUUGAAGAUGGCAUAAAGAUUGCCUUCUCAAACAGCCAAGCACCAGAUGAUUCUGCAAUGUCUUGGAACACGAACCUCAAUCAGCUCUCUGGUGGACAGCGGACUCUCCUGAGUGUUGCACUGGUUCUGGCUAUUGCCCAGUGCAGCCAGAACUUUGUGUACCUGAUGGAUGAGGUGGACGCUGCUCUGGAUGAGGAAAAUCAAAGCAGGGUUGGCGCUCUUGUGCAGAGCGAACUUGCAAAGAAGGGUCAGGUCCUCUGUGUGAGCCACAAUCGGGCAUUUCAGGCGUUUGCAGAUUCUGUGGUCCAAGUCACCAUGGACAAUGGAUCCAAGAUCAGCUAUGCCCAGUUGGAGUCAGGAAAGAGGGCAAAGCACAUGGAUAGCUGAUUUUGUUUCCAAUACCUUUCCUGCACCCAUAACUAGCACUUCUCAUUGUGUUGGUGCUUCUAAACCUAAACAGCACAUGCUCAUUCAUCAGAAUAAUCCUAACUCCAGGGUUUCAUGCUGCAUUUGCAACCUAAAUGCUUGUUAGCUGUGGGAUGGUAUCAUUUUCCAGAUGGCCAA